AUUUAUUCAACUCGAUCUAAAACAAAUCAAUCGCAUCAUCUCGGGCCUUUCCGUAAAAGGUCGGAAAAACCUUGUUUUGAUUACCGCUCGCCGAAAAGGUCCGAGAAGUUGCGAUUGAGGAGACUUCCAAUCGAUUUAUAAGACCUAGUCUAUUUAUAGAUAUGACAGGUGCGUGAUUCAGGUUUGUUUGUAAACAUUACACACAAUGGCCAGACUGGCAGUUUCUACAUGAUUGUUUAAUAUCAUGGCUAUAAAAAGACACCUUAGCAGUAUGAUUAUUUAUUUUUGUCCAUUUACGUUAUUUAAAUGUUGACUCAUAAAAAGUUUUUAAAAUUUCUCCCUAAAUCGGCUUAUAUAUAAAUGUUGAUGUUUUAUAAUUUAGUUUAAAGGCAGAUAUAACGGGGAAGGAAUAUACACGUGUUUGGGAUAUAGAGUUCUAUCUUCAUUUUUGUUGAUGUUGUUGUUUUUGUUGAUUAUUUUCUUGGUGAUCCAGUGCUAGCAAUCUUAAUAUUUCUAUCGAUUAAAGGAUUAAUUGUGCAUAAAAUGCAGAAAGCAUCUAAAUGUACCCACAGGACGUGUGAGCACUGUAAAAACCAACCAAAUCCCCCGACAUAUUCAGAAGAUGAAUACGACUUCUUGGCGAAAGUUGUUCUGAUUGGUGACAGCGGUGUUGGUAAGAGUAAUCUUUUGUCAAGAUACACCAGAAAUGAGUUCAGUCUAGAGACCAAGACUACGAUUGGAGUAGAAUUCGCCACCAGGAGUGUACACAUUAAUGGUCAAACGCUGAAAGCACAGAUCUGGGACACCGCGGGGCAGGACAGAUACAGAGCCAUUACUAACGCAUACUACAGAAAAGCUGUCGGCGUUGUGAUGGUUUACGAUAUUGCAAAACGAGUGACAUUUGAUAAUUUAGAUAAAUGGCUGAAGGAAGUGCGUGACUUUACCGAUGAUGACGUCAUUUUAUUAUUGGUAGGAAAUAAAACGGAUCUUCGUCAUUUGCGUGCUGUGUCGUCACAUGAAGCUCAGCAGUAUGCAGAGAAAAACAGAAUGUCUUUCAUUGAAACCUCGGCUUUAGACACUACACACGUAGAGACGGCAUUCCAGACAAUUUUAUCAGAAAUCUACUCCAUGGUUUCACAAAAAAGCAUGAAGGACGAUACAGGUGGUUUCACACUCACCAGUGAGCUACAGUCGUAUGACGUCACAGAGACUGAAAACGAAAAGGACGGAAAGAGAAAGUGUUGUAUUAUCAUGUGACACACUGUUUGUUAUCACGUGACAAACAAGUUAUCACGUGACACGGAGUACAUUGUCAUGUGACAUAAGGCAUGUCAUCACGUGACCGGCAUUACAAUGACCACCAUUUGUUU